UAUCUUGUGACGUGUAGUCGAGCCGGAGCUUUUGUUGUUGUUUUUCUGGGAUGCAGUAGUGGACCCAGUUUACUGUAAAAUGGAGCGGUACGGGUCGGACACGGAGAGGGACGAUACACCACUGCUUCAAAGGGCCGAGGAGGAAAGAGUCCAGAGAGGUAAAACUAAAAUAUCUCCAGUCCCAGCAUGCGGCUCAUCGCGCUAUGGCCUGGCUCUUCUCUCCUCUUUUGGUUUCUUUGUGGUCUACUCCUUGCGCGUGAACCUCAGUGUGGCAAUGGUGGACAUGCUGAACAACACCCAGUCCGACACAAACCACAGCAGCUCAGUGUGUCCGGCUCAUGCCAACCCUCCACGCCCCAAACACAACCACACAGCCAGUGUGUAUAACUGGGACUCUGAGACCCAGGGCUGGAUCCUGGGCUCCUUCUUCUACGGAUACAUCCUCACACAGAUCCUCGGGGGAUACCUGGCCGGCCGCUGGGGCCCCAAGUGGCUGAUGGGAUUGGGGAUCCUGGGAACUGUAUUUUUUACGCUGCUCACCCCUGUGGCUGCUGACCUGGGCGCAAAAUACCUCAUCGCUGUCAGGGUGCUGGAAGGGAUAGGAGAGGGAGUGACGUUCCCUGCCAUGUACACCAUGUGGGCGGCCUGGGCCCCCCCGCUGGAGAGGAGCCGCCUGCUCACUAUCUCCUACAUCGGAGCCCAGCUGGGGACGGUCGUAUCUCUUCCUCUGUCUGGACAAAUCUGCUUCUACCUGGACUGGACCUACGUCUUCUACAUAUUCGGUGCUAUCGGCCUGGUGUGGUUCGUCUUGUGGACGUGUCUGGCCUUCGACAGUCCGAACACUCACCCUCGGAUCUCAGAGCAGGAGAGGCUCUACAUCACCAACUCUCUCAAGAACGAGCUGUCCACGUCAGCAGGAUACAUCCCCUGGAGAGCCAUCCUAACGUCCGGCCCGCUGUGGGCCAUCGUGGUCGCUCACUUCUCCUACAACUGGACCUUCUACACGCUGCUCACGCUGCUGCCCACUUACAUGAAGGAGGUGCUGGGGUUCAGCAUUCAGCAGAACGGGAUGCUGUCGGCUCUUCCCUACAUCGGCUGUGUGGUGUUAGCGGUGCUGAGCGGUCAGCUGGCCGAUCACCUGAGGGAGACCUGGCUCGUCCGCACCGUCACGGUCAGGAAGGUCUUCUCCAUCGUUGGGAUGUUGGGGCCAGCCGUCUUCCUGGUGGCGGCGGGGUACACCGGCUGUGACUACACCCUGGCUGUGACCUUCCUCACCCUCUCCUCCGCUCUGGGGGGGGUGUCCGCCUCCGGCUUCAACAUCAACCACCUGGACAUCGCUCCUUCGUAUGCUGGUAUUCUCCUGGGAAUCACCAACACGUUUGCCACCAUUCCUGGCAUGGUGGGCCCAGUCAUCGCAAGGACCCUCACCCAACAGAACACCAUAGAAGAAUGGCAGACAGUUUUCUACAUCGCUGCCGGCAUCAACCUGUUCGGAGCGACGGUCUACACUCUGUUCGGCCGAGGAGGCGUUCAGCCCUGGGCCGUCCACACGUCCUACAACCAUGGAGACUGACACAGAAAACACACGUCGGACUCCUCCAUUUGAUGCUUGAGUGAUGGUUUGAUUAAUCAACGGGUAAACAGCGAGAUAUACGUUCCAGCUGUGAUUUUAAUUGUCAAAGCGCUGCUAACUAACUGCCAUUACACCCUGCAGGAUGUUCGUUACUGUGACUGAUCCAGAGUCUGUUGACAGAUAAUUUUACAGUCAGAGCAAGGAACAGAGAAGAGUGCAAUUUUAGUGAAGGGAACAUUUUAUUUAGCAGAGCAAACAAUCACAGUUUGAUCUCUAAGAGGUAUCAGAGGAAGCUGUUUUUACGAAGCAGGCCACUCUCUUUUUAUUAGCAGAAAAAUUGGAAUUAUUUUAUGUUAUAUAAGGUUAAGUAAACCCUGUUUAAUUGGCAUAUAAUAGCUAUGAUACAGAUUUAUCCAAGUGUAGUUCCUUUAGUUUUCAGGUUUGUCAGGUAGCAAACUAUCUAGGCUCGUUUGUCAUUCGAGCCUCCAGAGCACUUUGCAUAUAUGGUUAUUGCCAUUGUAAAAGUCUACGUUCUUAACAAGGACAUUUAUUUUCACUUGUGUGCGGACACAUCUUAGUGCCAAUACACUUUUUUUUGAAGUGGUUAAAUGCUUCCCCCCCAAAAAAAUGACAUCAAAGUCAUUAUGCUCUUAGACUAAACACACGCAUUGAUACCGUUUCUCUAGAGGGAACAAUGUGACUACACAUGCACAACGCUUUGUCACAUGCCUUGUAGUGACUCCUUAAAAUGGAUUUUAAAGCUCUUUGUCUUUCAUGGGAUUUGAAAAGGGACCAAGUUAUUUUAUUUGUUUGUAUUUACUUGUGAUAUGUUGCCAAUAAGGGAUGUUUAUGUGCACAAUAACAUGUUUAUGUCCUCCUUUUAUAGUUAAGGUAGCAGCCCUUAACUAAAGCAUUUUGAAAGUAUUUUAUUUUUAAUCUGUGACUAAGAAGAUGUUCUGAUGAAGGGAAAGUAAAACGUGCUUUGAAGAGGUUCCUGGAGGACACACAGCCUUUGAUUUACUCACAGGAUUUGCACUUUCUUUGUCAGCUCUCAGGUGUGUCUGAGAAGAAUGGAAAAAGGAUGUUUGUUUAAUUUGUAUCUGUUUUGUUUUUUUAAUUGCGCACAGUUAAAGGUGGGGUAGGUAAGUUUGAGAAACCGGCUCGAGAUACACUUUUUGUUAUAUUCCAUGGAAUGCUCUUAACAUCCCGAUAGCAAUGAAUAUCUUAAGUGCUUUGACAAAAAAUCCAUAAAAAAAUGUCAUCUGUGGAAGCCGUGGCGCUGUAAAAAGCACGACCAAUCAUCUGAGCCGGCCCGGCUAAAAUAACUGGAUGGCCUACCUGCCUGUCAGCCUUCCAUCUGUGCACAAACUUAUCUCGUGCCCUCAUUGGUCAUGUGCGCGUUCGUGUGUGUUGGAGGAGGGGCUCUGUAAGGAAGUGGCAGAUUUUCUCCGGUUGUGUAUUUUCAAAUUCUAGCGAUCUCGAGCCGGUUUCUCAAACUUACCUACCCCACCUUUAACUCGAUAUGAAUGGAAGUAAUUCUCUAUCUUAACUUUUUACUCCAUAUAUGACUGUUUGUAUCUUGCCCCUUUAAGUGUAAUGACUAUAGAGGGGUGAACCAAAAUCAGCCUGAAGGGAUUUGUCUCAGUUGUUGUUGCUGUAAGUAGCAUCAUCAUCCCAAUGCACUUGUGCCUUAUUACAUUAGCCUAAACAGGGUCAGACAAGUCAGGACCAAGGACUCAUUGUUUUCAUAAAGGAAUCUUCUCGUUACUGCUUUUUCUGUUCCAUUUACAUGUGUCUACAAACAGAGAAUAGGGGACUUUUGAUUGCUGUGUAUAUACUGUAUAGAUACACUCUACAAAAAAGGGAAUCAUUGUAUGUUUUUAACCUUGAAAUAUGUCAACAUGUCUUAAUUCACUGUAAUGUAUUGUAUAUUAAUUUCACUUAAUUUCAAACCUUUAUUUAACCAGAUUGGUCCCAUUGAGAUCAUAGAUAUCUUUUUCAAGGGAGACCUGCAGAAAAAUCCGCAGGUCUCAGUAUAUGAUAUACUUAAUCAUAUACAGCUAUUCUCAAAUCGA